AUGACGCUGGUACGAAGAGCUGGAAAGGGACACUGGCCCCCUCCCAAUUUCGCCUUCUCCUGUGCAGGAAAAGACACACAGUGCAGAAUUCAUGACUCGGAAGACGCUUAUGAUCCAGACAUUGUAGGGCCAGGUGCAAUCGCUUCUUUCAUAGCAUCAUCGGCUAUUACGAUCAUUUGUAUCCUCAUUGCAUACUUCAACAGAAGCAUCGAUCUUGAUCUUUCACCAAAUGCCGCCGACAACCUCAUCAUCGACUUUCUCCACAAUCCUACGCAGAAAGAUGGAACUCAAGAGGAUAGCAAAAAGAGCUCGAAAGCAUUGGAUAACAACAAGAGCUCGGAAGCAUUCGAGAGUUUUAUCCUUGCCAUGAGUGAUCAACAGCUUGUCUCCCAGCUGGCGAUUUUAAUCGUGGUGUGGCUGAAGUUUUGCGACAUUUCAGUGUAUACCUUUGAGGUAGCCACUGCCCUGGCCUGGCUUUCUUGGACAACGCAUCUGGCGACCCUUUCAACAAUCCAUCGCUAUUUCAAAGAGCAUCCGCUCGCUCUCGCGCUUCGACUGAUCCUCAUGGCCGUAUUUUUGUUGCUACUUCAAGUGGCAUUGAUAAUUAUGUUCACAAAGCUUGCCGGAUCUCAACCUUUUCUGCGAUUCGCCUGCGUCAUUUCCGGCUCUCAUUAUGGGACAACUACUCGCUAUAGCGUCCUCUUCACCAUAUUUACUAUCCUGGAUCUUAUUGUCAUGCUAUUCUGGAUUUUUCACGCGUACACCCAGCGGCUUGUCAUUCUCAUGACAAAACACAGGUCAACUACCAGCUACACCAAGCAUUGGCUGCCACAGUUACUUCGAGUCAAAGAUUCCAUGGAAAAAUAUGACAGGCAGACCUUUCAAAACCACAUCAGAGAAAAAGAGCUCAUGUCACAGGAGGCGAAAGCAAAUAAAUCUUGGAAGAAUUUGCUAAGACACCUUAAACAUCUCCACAUCUUGAUGUUUGACUCGUUUUUCAUCAAAAUUAUUCCUGUGUUGUUUUCAUUUACUUUUGGUAUUAUGAUGCUGGCAUGGAUUCGUAACAUGCCUGCCGAAAGAUUCAAGUCACGCAUGGAAAUCAUCCAUGAAUUGAGCGCUGGACAGAUACUUCCUAUAUUAAUUCUUGUCCUUCCGGUACUUACUGCAGCAGAAGCCUGGGGCGAAACGAGAAAAAUGAAACCAAGUCCUAAGGAUAAAGAAACGCAGCCAAAUUCCUCAACAUGUGAGACUGCUCAAGUUGAUGGCACGGAAGGAGAAGCAUAG